AUGUUGAAAUCCUUAUUUGUUCUGUUGAUCUCCUGUAUCCUCUUCGUAUCUGCUAAAGAUCUAAACUGUUUGUUUUGUAGUUAUAAGAAUAGUCUCUUAACCGGUCAAAGAGAUCCAGUAGCUUAUGCUCAAUCGAUCGCCGUACGAAUGUCAUUGAACAUGGGACCAGAUCAUUGUACUUAUGACGCUGUCAAGACAGAUGGAGCACAUCAUACACAACUAUGGAUUCGAUUUGCUUGUUCUAGUACAACAAAAGUUCAAUGUAUGGAUUGGUCAGAUAAUAACGGACAAUACACACAAAUAGGUGGAUUCAAAAUCGCUUGUGGAGAAUGGCCUAGACAAUAA